AGUAACAUCCUUUCUUUUUCAUUCCAAUUUGGCUGUCCUUCUUUCCACGCCUUUUCUCCCCUUUUCACUCCCCACCUUUGUCUCCCUCCUCCUGCGCUUCUUACUUGUACUUGAUUGAUCCGUGUCUUUAAAACUCUCAAGCUGUAUCAAUCACAUUAAUUACAAACGAGUCUUUCUACAUUCCGCUCUCCCUCUCUUGCAAUGGCCAACCAUUCUACUUUAUGCUUCUUCUUUCUUUAUCUCUUCCUCUUCUGCUGCUCGGGAACUCUUGUGGGAUUUUCAUAUCGUGAAAGAGGGGAUGCUGGGACCAUAUCGCUCCUCAGACAAAAAGUGGCACCAUUUCAGAUUCGAAUUUUUGUCACGGAUCCUAGAACUUUGAGCGCACUCACCAAUUCCCACGAGUCGCUUGAUUUCUACCUCAAUGAAAACCUCGUAAAAACUUUGGUUCGCUCAAAUCCACCUGCAGUUUCGUGGCUGAAAACCCAUGUUGUAGAUUUUCUCCCAAAAGUUGAAAUCAAAAGCGUCAUAGCUAGCUGUGGGAAUUUAGGCCACAAUGAGGUACCAUUACUAGUUUCUGUUCUGAAAUCUGUUCAUUCAGUUCUCAGUAAGCUUCAUCUAGGCAGGGAAGUGAAGGUCUCGGUUGCAUUUCCUGUGCCAUUCUUAGAGAAGUGGAAAGAUUCACACGAGAAUGAUCUUCAUAGGAUUCUGUCAUUUAUAAAGGAAACAAAUUCCUUUGUCAUGAUAGAAGACAGCAUUGAUGGGGAAUUAAGCGUAACGGAACGUUUUGUGCAGUCUGCUAUAAAACGAGCUGCUCAUGCUGCUUCUAUCCUUCCUCACAUAGAUGUUCCCUUGGUUCUCACGAUCAAAAUCCCAGCAAUUCCCAGUUCAUUGGAACUAGCUCAAUUUAGCCAAACGGUAUCCAAACAUCUUGAAGCAACAAGCACUAAGGUCAAUGGUAAAGCAAUUGCAUUAUAUGCAGAAGUACGUGCAAUAGAAGCUUUUGAGCAUGAAGAACCCAAAAGGGAAGUGGAAGAGAUUUUUCCUUUGUCCCGCAGAGAAAUCCUAAGCAAAAUCCACAUCAGAAGAACUCUAGAUGACACAACCAACCCGCCAAACGUGGUUUACCCCACAAAUCCAACAUCAGCAGCACCAGUGAUUACACCCCCAGAUACACCAACCAUAAUCACAGUUCCCUCCUCCAUUCCUGCUCCCCCCACCAAUCCGGCUGCAAUGCCUGUGCAAGUUCCUUCCACCACCUCUGUGCCAUUGCCUCCCACAAAUCCAACCAAUCCCGGCACAACCCCGAUAACAGUUCCGGGGGCACAACCAGCAACAUAUUAUCCACCCCCAUCAGGAGCUGCUCCGGUGAACUCCAUUCCACCUCCUGCAAACAGCAAUGCUCCGGCCACAGCAGGGCAGAGUUGGUGUGUAGCGAAGACUGGAGCUGCAGAGGCUGCUCUUCAAUCAGCACUUGACUAUGCUUGUGGAAUGGGUGGUGCAGAUUGUUCACAAAUCCAGCAGGGUGGGAGUUGUUACAAUCCAAAUUCUCUUGAAAACCAUGCUUCCUAUGCCUUCAACAGCUACUACCAAAAAAAUCCAACACCAACAAGCUGUGACUUUGGAGGGACUGCCACCCUAGUUAACGUAAAUCCAAGCUCGGGUUCUUGCAUUCUCCCUUCAUCCUCUUUCUCUUUCAUCGUCAACCCCAACGCCAUCAUCGCCAACAACAACUACAUCAUCAUCUCCGGGGACAGACACAUCAGGCUAUGGUACCCCACCUUCAGUGUCAAAUUCCAGCGGCAGCUCAGCGUCUGGCGCAGGUACCUCACCAUUUUACGGGUACGAAAGUCCUCCAGGUGUAAAUACCACGUCCUCAUCCCAUUCAGCCGGUCUGAAGCCUUUUCUAAGUUUCAUUGUACUGGUGAUAUCAUUAAUCACUGGAAAACUCAGUACGUGCCCAUAGAGAUACAACUUUUCCUGGAGGAUCAUAGAAGGAGAAGCUCAAUGCUCUAACUUUAUAACGGAUCGAGUUGAAACAUUACAAGCUGUGUACAGGAUUAUAGGCACAGAAAGACAAUCGAGUAGAAUGGAAGGGAAAAUACAUUUAAGGAUCUGCUGGGCUUAGCUGAGGUGAAGUGAAGGGAUAGUUGUAGAAAGUAAAGGAAUUUCUGCUGUUGAAAUAACUGCUAGUUACGGCUUUUUAGGCAGUGGUAGAAAAAGUUGUGGUUAUUAUGUACAUAUAUUUUGAGAGCUUCAGUAGUUUAUCUAUUGUGGAGUUUAGUGUGCGUUGGUCACAGAUUGCUAUGGGGAAUUGAUAGCAUAUGGGAAAAAUACCCAUGCUAGUUAGAAACCUACCAACUCAAGGACGAUGAAGGAUAGAAUAGUUCCUAUUUUCGUUUUAUUCAUCAUAGGUUGACGAGUUCAUUGUGAAUUACGUCAAGCCAUCAAGUUUCGAGGGAGCAGUUGAAGCGACAUUGUUAGAGAAAUUAUUAGAUGUUGCUGAAGUGUCAUGUCAUUUAUGUUCUCCUCAAUAAAUAGUUGAAUAAAGGGACAAAAAUAUUGCGAA